AUGCCCAAAGUCCAUCCCAACGGGACACCACUGACGUCCAUCAUGGAAUCCCUUGAGGACGCCAACAACAAUUUGAUUUCGGUACUCAGCAUGAACUUGCUGGCUCCUCUCUAUGUACGACCCAUUGACAAGAGAACGGGACAAGUCCAACCCUUUGCCGCCUUUGAAUGGGUCCAAGACGAUGCCAUUUUGGAAUGGGAUAGUCGGAAACUACGGCUGUUGGAGUAUAUGGUGGCUAGCCAAGCAGAGGUAAUUUGUUUGCAAGAAUUGCAAUUGGAACGACAGGAGAAAGGAGAAGGAGACAAAAGUGAGUCAACCGACGUACUGCCACUCGUUUUGCCAGAAUGGAUCCAGCCCAUGAUUGAUAAGUAUGGAUACACGGCGAUAUUGCCAUCCCAAGAUUCCUUGGAUCACAUUGCCAGUCGCAACCUGCGUGUAUUGGGAUCCGAUUCGGCAGUCACCAAUGCCAUUUUGGUAAAAAAGGAUCAAUGGAAGGUGCUGGAGGAACCAGCGGAAGAAGAUGCGGAACCGAUAACCAAAAAGAAUAAGAAAAAUAACAACAGUAAGGGUAUGCAGAGAAUACAGAGCGCCAAGAACAGCAAUACCAUGGUCUCGGUAUGUUUGGAACCUGCCACCAAAAGUGAGGCAAUCAAUACUGCUGAUCCUGUUGUCAUUUCAUGUGUGCAUCUGGAUGCUACUGAUGAGCGCAAGCGAGUUCUACAACUCACCAAAUGCUUGGAACGAUCCCGCACUCUACUGGAUCACAAUCAGAAUAAAGAAAAUGAUGCUGUUUCAACAACCGCAGUCAUUCGGCCGGUGCGGGCAAUCAUUGCUGGGGACAUGAAUGCAGAAUUUGUUCCAGGUUCGUGCAUGGUGGCUACCUUGAAGGAGUACCAACAAAAGAAGAAACGCCAAAUGUCGCAAGAGGCCACAGAAUCCGACGAAGCCAUGGCAGAAGUGGCUGCUUGUACUGAAGCCCUCCGAUUAACUUGCGCCGAACCACCCAACAAGGAACAACUACAAGACUGGAGACAGCUGCGAAAGGAAGCUUAUGAUUUAGUACAAGAUCAUUGUGUCUUUUUAGAUCGGGUUCCAACGGGGCCCACUCGGUGUGCCUAUGAACACACGUCCUCCUCAAACAGCACUGCAGAUGCUACCACACAAAGGAAAAUGCAAUCUUGGAAGCUAGAUCACUUGCUGUAUACUUGCAGUGACGACGAGGAUGAUAAAAACGAUAGUAAGACGGGGAUUGGAGGAGUGCGCCCAAUAGCCUAUUGGGCUACACUGGAAGCGGAUUCCACCUCGUGUCAAAGUGGGCUGCCCAGUGCUACUUGUCCAUCGGACCACUUGCCCAUUGCAGCAGUCUUUGAAAUCCCUUCCAGACAAGCCCCCACUGCAAAGGAGAAUGAAGCAUCGGUGGCUUUCGUACAAAAGGUACAAGGCUUCGAGAAGCGACACAAGGAAGUCGUGGAACAAGCCAAAGCAGAACUGAAAGCAAAGGAGACCGAAUUGCAACAAAAGGAGCUAGAAAAGCAGAAAGAAGCUGCCAACAAAGAGGAUCUUGCACCGGUCGAUAACAAUUCGACACAAGGAAAGAAAAAGAAAAAGGGCAAUCAGAAACGAGCAGGACCCCCAUCGACUGAAAUGAUGGAACUGAAAAGGGAAUUCCGCAGCCGUCUCAAAGCCUUUCAAAAGAACCAAGCCCAAGAGCGAGAAGAGUUGCUGCGGGUCAUAGGGAAUCGUGAAAAGCUAUUGCUUCAGGCACAUUACGGAAUCCCAUGGCGAAAGUGGCUAGAGCAAGGGCCACCAUGA